CUCUCCAUAUCCAGAUAGCCGUUAGAACUUAGAACUCAGAACGAGAGAGAAAUAAUCAGAGAAAGAAAAAGAAAAUGGCGACCAACAUCGGCAUCAUGGAUUCGGCUUACUUUGUCGGUAGAUCUGAGAUUCUUACAUGGAUCAACUCCACUCUCCAACUCAGUCUCUCCAAAGUUGAAGAGGCAUGUUCGGGCGCGGUUCAUUGCCAAUUGAUGGAUGCGGCUCAUCCAGGGAUCGUGCCGAUGCACAAGGUCAAUUUCGAUGCCAAGAACGAGUACGAAAUGAUACAGAACUACAAGGUUCUCCAAGACGUUUUCAACAAGCUCAAAAUCACCAAGCACAUUGAGGUUAGUAAGCUUGUGAAGGGACGCCCUCUCGAUAAUUUGGAGUUCAUGCAAUGGAUGAAGAGAUACUGUGAUUCAGUCAAUGCCGGCGCCCACAAUUAUAAUCCUCUUGAAAGGAGAGAGGUUUGCAAGGGAGGAAGAGAAGGUGGCAAGAAAUCAGCACAAUCACAAGCCUCCACCAAGGCUUCUUCAGCACCGAAAUCUCACUCUUCUCAUCCUACUCGAAGAAAUGAAGUGCCAUCUGCAAAUGCUGCUGCAAGUCAAGCUGCAAAGAGGCCCUCUUCUUCUGGUGGCCCUGCUUAUGACGAAAAGAUAACUGAGCUGAAGCUAUCCAUCGAUAGCCUCGAGAAGGAGCGCGAUUUCUACUUUGCGAAAUUGAGGGAUAUUGAGAUACUCUGCCAAACACCAGAGAUAGAACGCUUACCGGUUGUUGCAGCAAUACAGAAGAUAUUGUAUGAUGCUGGGAAUGAUGGAACAGCCAUGGCCGAAGCUCAAGCUAUGAUUUCUUCUGAUCGCUACGAGGAUGCUGCUGGAUUGAGCCCCAUCGCGGAGGUUUCAGACGAGAGAAGCGCUUCUGAAAACCAGAAGAGAAAGAAUAUUGUGAAUCCAGAGUUUGAUGCUGCUGGCAUCACAACUCCGAGACAAAGGCUUUCGGACAUUUCCAAUGUUCACUGCAGCGAGUCACCUCUUGUAUGACUUGCUAAAAGAAAAUGACUGUUUUUUUCUUCAACUAUGAGCUUGUAUUGCUCUGGGUGAAUGUGUUGUGUUGGGUGAAUUAUGUGCAAGGAUUAGUAUUGUUCUGCUUCUAUAUGAAUACUCGUGUAUCUGAUAUAUGCUAUAUGAUUACAGGAAUCAAAUAUUUUAUCAGGACAAGUUUUUUUUACAAUCU